AUGGCCCCCCUCCAAUCGCCCGACUUCGACCUGGCAAAGUGCCUCAACGGCGAGCAGCAGCUGGUCACCUGGGACGUCGCAUACCGCGCCCUCUGCGACCCUGCAACCGCGUCCAAAAGCGACGCCCUACGCGCCUUCCUCUCCACCAAGGAAAACAUCGACACCCUCACCCACCCAUGGCGGCCCUUCCCAGACCCGUCGUCGCAGGAAAAGUCAAAGUUUGAAUCCAAGACAGCGCCUAUCAGCGUCACUCCCGCCCAAAGCGACCACUAUGAUGUAGAGGAGAUCAAAGAAGACAGCCUGUGGCUGGCCAAGGAAGCGCAAAUCUCGGAAUACGCAGCCUUGCAGCUUGUUGUGCAGGAAUGGCAGGGUCGCCCUGCCGCCCAGCUGCUGAGUGGCCUGACGGAAGAGGAGGCGCUCAGCGUGCAAGACGCGGCCGGAAUCGCCAACCUAGGCGCCUCGACCUUUGUCCCAAACUCGUCCCUCCUCGCAACACCGCUCGCUUCCAAGACCGCCCACCUCGAUACAAAGAACCAACGCCGUCUGCACAUCCUCGACAUCUACCACUCGACCUGUGCCUCCAUCAUUCGCAUAAGCCAGCUUCUGGUCUCGUGGGGCUGCGCAUCCAAUCUGCGCAAUCAGACCAUAUAUGGCACCGAAUACCUCAGCAUUGGCGCCGGAUGGAUUGAAGAGCUCGGCCAGACUAUCGCGGCAGCACAGGACGGUCCCUCGGGUGGAAAGGCGCUAGACGAAUGUCUCAAGGCCUUUUCAAAGAGGUGUGAUUCCUUGGAUACCGGCUAUGCGUGGAAUGUGGACGACUCAAUACUCGAAGCAGCAUCCGAGAAGUGGGUCGUUGCCCAAACCACCGAGUUGCUACACAUUCUCCAUUUGGCACUAGUACAUGCCGAUUUAGUUGCAAAAGACUUCCUUCCGGCGGCCACGAUUGAAGACUGGCUCAAGGCCUUCAGUUGCCGUGGCUUCUUUCGCGAAUUCCCCGCAGUCACCGCUCGCCAGGAGCCUCUUAUCCCCGUCAUUCAGCUCUUGACUUCACUCAUGUCCCUGACUAUCUUGAAGGUCGACAAGAUUAUGGACGACCUCGAAUCUGGCGAUUGCAACACCUGGCAUUCUUCGUCGUACAUCUUAAACACCAAUAUUGUGGAGACCAUCACGACCAUAUUCGGAGAGGCCAAGGUAUUAGGUGCUAGUCCUGCCACACCACCCAUGUUUGCUUGGGCCCUCGUAACGUGGAAACUUACAAGCCGUGCGAGCUACGAGGAGCAAGAACGCGACCGUCUCCUCGAAUCAUCAAACGGCGCCGGAAACACUGAGUCCGAGCCUUCAACCCUUGAGGAGGCUGCUUUGGUAAUUACAAAACUCGAGAAUCACGAGUUGUUUGACGGCAAGAUGCCCUACGAAGACCUCGCUACCGUCAGCUCAGCAGCAGGUGUUCUGGCCAUCAUCAACCAGCUUGUCGAAAUCAGUCUCCCGGCGUUUGGCACGUCCAUUGAUCGGAUAUCUCAGGACAGAGUUCGAUUGCUGUUCCUUCACGUAGUUCGCGCUGCUGUUGGGAGCGAGAUUGUUGCAUAUAGUCCAGAUCUCAUUGUCACAACAUACACUAUUCUGGCUGGCGAUAAUACGUUUCGCCGGUGGGACAAUGGUCAAUUCGCCCGACAUGCCGAUCCAAUUGUGGCAUACUUCCUCGAGGAUGAAUACAUCCUUAGGCCAAUGUUGCUCAACGAGGCCCGUUUGCGAUAUCCCUAUGAGAUGACACCAUUUCUGAAAUUUUGCAGCGCAUUGACUCGUGGAGACAAGACGAUGCAGAACGGCAUGCCUUCGUUUGUUGAUAAGCUUGCGAACCACAACCGCUUGAUGCAACGCCUUCCAGAUGGAUUCCGUGAUUAUCAGCUAACGCGUGAAGAGGAGAAUGCCAACUGGGUAGAACUUACCGCUGAUCUCCCCUUGUUUUCUUCUGCAGGCUCAUCCACCUUUGGUGCCCAGCGUCGCUUGAUGGCCUCGGGCACUUCAAGACACGCACACGGCUUCUCAACUAUUCCGGCUGGCACAGAAGGCAUCAUAGUUGACGACAACUCACAACCAUAUGUAGCUGUCUGGCAUCACCAGCACUCUACCUUGUCAUACCUUGUCGAACUUCUUUCAACAUAUCCCGUCGGAAGCAGCAAAGUUGAGACUGCUACCCAGCAACCUGCGUCUCGUGAGGAUGUCGUAGAAGUCAUUGGUCUUUUUGCUGACCUGAUACACUCAUCCUUGCACUCAUCCGAGGGUAUCUGCUCACCUGAGCUUCUAGAGGCAAUCGGUAUCGGAGCUGAGGGCAGUGCAGACACUGUUAACAUUGUGCUCGCGAUUUUCGAAGAAGAACUCUUAUAUCUCUGCCAGGAACCCAGCAAUGAGGUGUCUUUGGAGCUAUUGGUCAACUGCACUCAUUUCUUGGAAGCUUUGGUCAUUGUUUCCCCUCAAAGAGUAUGGCCAUGGCUCGCCAGGAGCAGGUUAUUGGAGGGCGAUGGCAACGGAAGCUUGGCAACCAUUCUAAUCAGCACUGAGAUGGUUCUUGGGCGAUAUGACUUCCUUCUUGGAUGUAUUCGACUCUACAAGGGUCUUGUCAAAGACGCUGUCGAUCGAUCCGUGUCCCGCAAAGUUCCCACAAAGGCGCUCAGUCGGUUCAAUGCAUCGGCUCCCGCCGACAGCGGUACUUCGGACAAGAUUAUGAGCACCAUUCUGUUCACUUUUGGUCGCACUCUUGCCAGUAUAUACGAGAACUCGCUCAACUGGAAGUACUCGCAGCCGGACCACCGCCCCGAAAUCAACACUACCAUUUGCGAAGUCUUCACCACAAUCUUGAGUCUUACAUACAGUGUAGAUGAUGCGCCAAAGCUGUCUACCAAGCUCACGAAAUCGAUUGCACCCAUUGCUGAAUAUCUCACCCAACUCUAUCUUGCUGGCUCCGACACCAAUCUGCCUACAAACCCGCUCAUGACAUCUUUGAUCAUCGGGGUCAGUCCCAACGACAACACCUUGCUCACAACUUCAGGUGCACUAUGGACUCAACAGACGCAAAGCACCUUGGCAUUUGCCGACCUACUUGUCCGAGUUGCCAUGCUACUUAAUAAGCCCUGGACUCAUCUGGAGCAACAGCUCUUCAAAGCAACACCGUUAUUAGCCCGACUGUACGCCACGAGUGACAAGUGGAAGUCCCAGGUUGUGCUGUUGUUGGAAGCUCUGGUUCGUGGCGCGGUCCGUACUGAGCAGCGAGAACCGCCUUCGCUACUAGGCCAUCUGGGACCACGAACUGCGAAGAACUUUCUCAGUGUACUUUCUCGACUAGAUGAGCCGCUAAAGAUAGUGGACAUCCAACGGAAUGUGUGGAACUUACUUUCAGCCGUAGUAACGUGCAAGCAGCAGUGGUUCUCUCUGUAUCUGCUUACUGGAAACACUCCACGAGAAACGAUUCGAAGCAAAAGAAACGUGGCCCAGGAUUCAAGGAAUAAAGCCCUGCUCACACGAGCUUUCGAUGCGCUGUCAAGUAUGACUCUCCCAGAGAAGGAGCCUACCGGCGUUUCAUGGCCGCUGUUUACAGCCAUGCUCGAGUUCGUCUCUUCAGCGCAAAACAACUGGUCAUGGGCAAUGGGCGACUUACGGCAGCGUAAAGACUUGAUUCAGAAAUUGCUCGCAUUCCUCAAAUGGAUGGCAAAGCAGUCCAAACAACCGCGAAUGAGCAGCAAUGAAGAGACGCUGGAGCGAUCGUUCCAAAACAAGUUCGCAUCUCUCGCCUGCGAAGUCAUUGCUAUGUACCUACACAGCUCGCGGCAGGUCGGUGACAUUACCGUACUGAAAGAUAUCGUCCCCAGCUUGACGUACUUGGAAGAUACCGCUUUGGAUCUGCCAUCUUACAGUACGUCGCUGCACGGAUAUUUGAAGCAGAACCUGGAGCAACAGUACCCUGGUGUCUCUCUAACGAACCUCAAGCGGACCACUUUGUACCCUGAGACCUUUGGCCGGGCAUUCUUCUAUGACAUUGAUCUCGCUCAACAACUUCUGGGUUUCAACAGCAAGUGGGCUGGCCCUAGGGAGGGCACAGGUUUCGCAUCUGAAGUCGAGAAGGCAAACUAUAACCUAGGACUCGUGGAAUCCCAAGUCUUGUUGCUUCAAGGCUGGAAACUGUUAGCUCUGGAGCUUAGCCAGGUGGUAGCGAAGGACGAUCGAAUCGUUAAGGUCCUCAUUGGUGUUGUUCAAAAGUGCAUGACUGCCAAUACCCAGUCGAACCUCCCAGAAGCAUUGUUUGGUCAGCUCAUGGUCGUGCGAGCGGAUUUGGCAUUUGCCCUACUGAAGAAGCUCGUAGAGGCCAAGGUCCGGACUACAGAAGCGCGCCAAUUACUCGGCCCAAUAUGGAGCGCCAUUCGCGCCUCUACUCCAGACUUCGAUAGCGUCUUCUCCAGCGACUCGGUCUAUUACUACCGGUCUUUGCUGCGGAUCCUCUACCUCGCUCUUCACUUCCAUCUGAUUGAGGAUACCGACCAGUCCAGCGAUGCCUCAUUCCGCUCAAGCUUCCGUGGCACUAUGCCGAGCAGUCACAACAGCUACACUGAGCCCAUCUCCACACAGCUCCUCGAAAUUCUGACCGAUACAGUAGCCAAGGGGUUCCGUAGCUUGGCCACACAGCUACACGCGGAACCCUUGUCCGUCUUACCGUCAGACUUUGCUCUCCUCACCGCGCUGCUACAGCGUAUCAUCGCAAUACCAGAAAUGUCCAAGUGGCAGCAACAAGCAGCGCUUCUCUUUGCAAACAACAACACAGUACGCUAUGCCACCAGCCUUUUCUCUUGGGCCGAUCGCCUCGCAAUAUCACACAACGGCGUAGAUGAUCCCAUCUACGGCGAGCUAAGCAUCCUCUUCUUGCUCUCGUUAUCCAGCAUCCAAGCUCUAGCCGAGACCAUGGCUGUCGAAGGUAUCCUCAGCCAACUUAACACGGCAAACAUUAUGAACUACUACCGUCGCGUAAACGGCACUGGUCCCUUUGACAGCCCGGUUCGCAUGUACUCUGUCUGGACCAAGGGAAUUCUUCCCCUCUGCCUCAACCUUCUCUUAUCCGUCGGGCCCCCCAUUGCUGGCGAGAUUUCCUCAUUCCUCAACCAAUUUCCUGAACAGUUGGCCCGCUCGGCAUCAAGCAUCAACUCGUCAAAUUCAUCGUCACGUCUCAUAGCCAAUAGCAACAAGAUCACGCUUUCUGUGGCAUCUGAAAUACAUAGUUUGGCCCUUAUCGCCGCGAUCCUAGAAAACGUGCGCAAACAAGGGCCGAAGCUAGGUAUUCAGGCCAACGAAGUGGCGCUUCUGGAAUGGGAAAAGGAUGCCGUCAAAGAAGAUGUUGAGAGUUGGUUAUCGCGUAAGAGUGCGCUUAGAGAACGUCUCGUUGCGGUUGAUGAAAAGGAGUUGGACAUGCUGAAUCGCGUCAAGGGCAAGGGAGAGGAUGCGCCGAGUGAAUUAGAAGAGAGGGUCGUGGGAGAACUCGAGGAUGCAAGGACAUGUAUGGUUGGGGGCGCGAAUGGUGGUGGAAGUGGUAAUGGGGACAGUACAAGGAAGUAAAAGGGACUUGUCAAGGUAGUUUUGUAAUGUUUUCCCUUUAACUACCGUAGGAUAUGGGACAAUGCGGGCUUAUGCACUUCCUGUUCUUUUUGAUAGAAAAGCAAUGAUGGUAGUUUUUCCUUU